ACCAUAAAAUAUUUCCCUAUUUAUACACACAUUAAUCCCUAACAUCAAUAUAAACACGUACGCUUCAAUUCAUUUCUGUAUCUCUCUCUUUCCAAAUAGCCAUGCAAGUUAUCACCCACUUCCCUAGUAGUAGUAAUACUACUACAAUAGAAAACCUUACUAAAAAUAAAUCAGCACUUCCCUUUCAUACUAAUUAUAGUAACUCAUUUCCAUCAAAAAUCACCUGCAAGCUCCUAAUAAAUCCUUCCAAGUAUAAAACUAGAAUUAUUUCUCCUCCUCCUACAAAAUUAGACCCACUUCCUAAACACCUAACCCAACCACAACCGACGUUGCCCCUAAUUCCAAAUUACCAACCUACCCUCAACCCAUUUCAAAGACUUGCUGCAUCGGCCUUGGAUAAAAUAGAGAAAUCACUUAUCCUAGACCAAGAAAAAAGACACCCUCUACCAAAAACGGUGGACCCGGAUAUUCAAUUAUCAGGAAAUUAUGCUCCGGUUCAGGAAUCCCCCGUUCAUGCUGGUUUAGAAGUCAUUGGGGAAAUUCCAUCCGGUUUACAUGGAGUCUAUUUAAGGAAUGGAGCUAAUCCAAUGCUCCCACCUUCUGGUGCUCACCACCUGUUCGACGGUGAUGGGAUGAUUCACGCCGUUAAUCUUCGACCAGGUAAUCAACCUACGUAUAGCUGCCGGUACACGCAAACUAACCGGUUGGUCCAUGAAUACGCGGCCGGGAGAAACUUGUUCCCUAAACCGGUUGGUGAGUUGCACGGUCGGACCGGAUUGAUUCGGCUUGGCUUAUUCUAUGCACGUGCGGCUAUCGGUUUAGUUGAUCCGACACGUGGCAUAGGAGUGGCUAAUGCUGGGCUAGUGUAUUUUAAUGGGAGAUUACUUGCUAUGUCGGAGGAUGACUUGCCAUACCACGUCAAUAUCAACGGUGGUGAUGAUGAAGGUGGUGGUGUUGAUUUGGAGACGAUAGGACGGUUUGAUUUCGACGGGCAGGUAAACUGCCCGUUGAUUGCGCACCCUAAGGUGGACCCUAACACAGGUGAUCUUCACACACUUAGCUACGACGUUCUACGUAAACCGUACCUCAAGUACUUCAGAUUCGAUAAGUGGGGUCUGAAGACACGUGAGGUAUCCGUGCCACUCCCUCAACCUACGAUGAUUCAUGACUUUGCCAUGACUCAAAAUUUUGUAGUCAUCCCAGAUAAUCAAGUGGUAUUCAAACUAUCCGAAAUGGUUCGAGGCGGGUCACCUCUUAUGUUUGAUCCGAAUAAGAGGGCCCGGUUUGGGAUCCUACCGAAGGAUGAUACUAAUGGGUCUAGUAUCCAAUGGAUCGAGGUUCCUGAUAGCUUUUGUUUUCACUUUAUGAAUGCAUGGGAAGAGAAUGAGGGGAAACACGUAGUUAUAAUUGGGUCGUGCAUGAGCCCACCCGACUCAAUCUUCAACGACAAUGAUGACCCGACCCAGAUUGAACUUUGUGAGAUUCGUCUAGACCUUGAAACGGGUAAAUCAACCCGGCGAGUGAUAGUGUCGGGUGUGAAUCUAGAAAUAGGGCAAGUAAAUAAGUAUAUGUUGGGGCAAAAGACAAGGUAUGUAUAUAUGGCAAUAGCGGAGCCGUGGCCUAAAUGUGGUGGAAUCGCUAAAGUUGAUGUAGUGACAGGAGAAAUGACUAAGUUUAUGUAUGGUCAUGAGAGAUAUGGUGGGGAACCGUGCUUUGUACCCGCUAAGAAACCAACUACUUGUACUAAUUAUGGUGAUAAUUAUGAUGUAGGAGAUGAUUGUGAAGAUGAAGGUUGGAUAAUGAGCUUUUUGAGGGAUGAAAAUGUGGAGAGGUCGGAAUUGGUAAUUUUGAGGGCAAAGGAUAUGAAGCAAAUUGCAUGUGUAUGCAUGCCUUCUAGAGUUCCUUAUGGUUUCCAUGGCACCUUUGUUGACCAAAAUCAAUUAAGUGUACAAAAAAUAAUCACUAAUUAGUACUUUUUC